CGAGAUCUUGUACGUGACCUGAACAUCAUCGAAAUCAUCGUGAGAAAACGGCACAGUUAUUCCCACAUUUCCUGUCGCGAAGGUCGUCGUUGUUCGCCGCGGUCGUCUCCAACAAAAUCGAGGUCGCGCCUGACCUCUGACAGCGCCACGCGCAGCAGGUCUGCGCUGUAAGGCUCUGCACAAAGUGAUUGUUAUGGGGUGGGCACUGGCACCAUGAGUUCAGAAUCAGAGCAUCUCAUACCACUGGCCGAAAGCAGCCCGCGACAUCCAUAUCUUUCAGGGAACUUCGCACCGAUCAAGAAGACGAGGUCUCUGACGCCAUGCGUGUACUCGGGGUCUAUUCCCCUUGACUUGGGCGGUGGGCAGUACGUUCGAAAUGGCGGCAACCCCGUCUCAAACGACGAUCUCGGCCGGGAUGCUCACUGGUUCGACGGCGACGGGAUGCUGAGUGGCGUGCUCUUUCGAAGGACCGGGGAGAAGGGCUCCACGAUACAGCCAGAAUUUGUGAACCAGUUCUUACUUACGGAUGUGUAUGCCUACGCCAGGCGAAGGGCCGGACCCGCUGGCGAGCUGGACCGAAGUCUGAGCCGACCUGUUCUUCCAAGCAUCGCGACACUGGUCAACCCAGCCCUGGGGUUCUUCACUAUCCUGUGGGCCAUUGUCAGGACCAUUGCUCUGGUUCUCCUGUCACAUCUGUCGAGAUCCAGAUACCCCAUCAAGAAGAUCAGCGUAGCAAACACCUCGGUCAUGUACCACGAUGGCCGCGCACUCGCCCUUUGCGAGAGUGGUCCGCCGCUGAGAUUCGCCCUUCCCGGACUGGAAACGAUCGGCUGGUUCAACGGCCGCACUGCCGAGAAUGAGCCCAGAAACCAAGACGACGACCAAAAGGGGGGUUUCGGCGGCGGCGGCGCCCUCUCCUUCAUGAGGGAAUGGACAACAGCCCACCCACGAGUGGACCCCGUGACAAAGGAACUGAUCGCCUUCCACGCCGUAUUCAUAAAACCUUUCUGCUACUACUCUAUUGUGCCACCGUCGAAGCGCAAAGAGUCACUAUUGCAGCCGCCCUUGAGCGCUCGGCUCUCGAUGCCUGUCCCCGGGGUCAGGGCACCAAAGAUGAUGCACGACUUCGGCGCUUCUCGAAAUCACACCGUUAUUCUCGACCUACCACUGACACUCGACCCGAUGAACCUCGCUCGAGGCGUGCCCGUAUUAUCAUACGACUCCCGGGGCAAAUCACGGUACGGAGUCUUCCCGCGAUAUCGACCUGAUCUCGUUCAGUGGUUCGAGACCAAUCCGUGUGUCAUCUUCCACACGGCCAACUGUUGGGAUUCCGUCACACACACUGGUGAGAUGAAUGGCGCCAAUAUCCAACAGACAUCUGUCAACCUGCUCGCAUGCAGGCUGACAUCAGCGUCGCUGGUGUUCAGCGCCGGAAAUUUGCCCACGCCAGCUGUCAAACCGGUGCCGCCGGAAUACGCAGAGGAGGAGCAGUGUAGGCUGUACUAUUACAACUUCCCCUUGUCUGCGAACGACGGCACGGAUGAACCUGGCCAUCGAAUCCGGCACCAGUGGGCACUGUCAGCCAUCUCGUUCGAGUUCCCCACACUGUCACCAAACCACUCAAUGAGCGAGGCGCGAUAUAUUUAUGGCUGCUCAACAGGCCAUGCGUCGUACACGGUUGCCUUGGGUAAGGCGGCCAAGAUCGACUAUCUCGCAAAGAUCGAUGUCAAGACACUCAUAGAGCGUGGUGUCCAGCAUCCACCACAGCCUAUAAGAGGGUGUGUGGAUACCCGGACUGUCGUUGAAGUUCAAGAAAGCCACGAUCCCAACGACCCCAUCAAGUUGUUCAAAAUGCCUGAUGGAUGGUUUGCGCAAGAGCCCCGGUUCGUUCCUCGGAGAGAAAUUGAGCGGCAGAGCGAGGAUGAUGGCUGGCUUUUGACGUAUGUCUUUGAUGAGAGUCAGCUCGGUUCAGAUGGCGAAUGUGGCGAGGACGCAGUCAGUGAGCUGUGGAUAAUCGAUGCGAAAACAUUGAAAGAUGUUGUAGCUCGAGUGAAGCUGCCACAAAGGGUUCCAUAUGGUUUGCAUGGAUCUUGGUUUUCCGAGGACGAAAUCAAUGAGCAGAGGCCUUUUACUUCAUUGAGAUCUGUGGCUGAUCAGGAAGGAAGUGCAUUCUCCAGGAGUCUUCAGGGCAUGGUUGAGCGAUGGAUAGGAUGAUCGGCGUCUCUAGCUGCAUCUACAUUAAUUUUGAUUGACCUA